AUGAAGAUACUUGGCCAUGUUAUUUUUUUGCUUUUGCUCGGGGGAAUCUGGGGUCAGAACAACCGUAAUGCUAAAGCUAGUGGAAAGUCUACAAAGAGAGCUGGUGGUAACCAAGGAGGUGAUGUUGCCCAGUCUCCAUCCGUGGUCAGUGUUACUCCUGGAAGCCCUGAAAGCAGUAGGAGCACUGGAGGGGCAACUGAGUCAGGACAGGAGGGUGCUGCAGGAGCUCGUGCAGCUGGACAGCAGACGGAUGAUAUGAGGCUGCACUUCCUCAAGAACACCCAUGUUACAUGUAAUGAUGGAACAGCAGCUGGGUUUUACCUAAAGGAGUUCAGAGGAAGUCGAAGAUGGUUGUUGUUUCUGGAGGGUGGCUGGUGCUGCUACAGCAAAGAGACCUGCGAUUCCAGGUACCAAAAUAUCCCCCGACUAAUGAGCUCAUCUGGAUGGCCCCAAACUAAAAGAGGAACGGGUAUAUUGUCUUCUCAAGCAGAGGAAAAUCCACACUGGCACAAUGCUAACAUCGUAUUCAUCCCAUACUGUUCCAGUGAUGUAUGGAGCGGCACUGGACCUGCCCCAACACCCCCUCCAAGGCAACGCCAAGGCAGAGAAAAAGUAAGAGAAAGAAACACAAAUACAACUGAGUAUACUUUCAUGGGAUCCUUUAUCAUCCGAGAGGUCAUCAAAGAUCUCAUCCCCAAAGGAAUCAAGCAGGCCAAGGUUGUCAUGCUAUCUGGCACCAGUGCUGGUGGGACAGGUGUUUUACUAAACAUCGAGAGGGUCGCCAGUCAGCUGGAACAGCUUGGUGCAGAGGCUCAGGUCCGAGGCCUGGUGGAUUCUGGCUGGUUUCUGGAGAGUAAGCAGCAGAGAUCCCCCAACUGCCCUGAGACUGUCUCCUGCUCACCUGAAGAUGCUAUUAAGAUAGGACUCCGAUUGUGGAAUGGGAUUGUGCCCGAUAGAUGUCGACAGCUCUAUAAGAGAGGAGAGGAAUGGCAGUGCUUCUUUGGUCACAGACUGUACUCAACCUUGACUUCCCCUCUGUUUAUUGUGCAGUGGCUGUUUGAUGAGGAGCAGCUGAGAGUGGAAAACAUCUACAUGGGUGGACAGAGUCUGUCUGAUGAGCAGUGGCAGUACAUACAGAACCUGGGCUUGGAGCUCAAAAACUCCCUGAGAGAUGUCACAGCUGUAUUUGCACCUUCCUGUCUCUCCCACAUGGUCAUAACUAAAAGUAACUGGAUGAGUUUUCAAGUCAAAGGCACCUCUCUGCCGCGGGCCCUACAGUGCUGGGACAGGAGUCUUGAGGCAACUCGCAACAACAGAACCCCUGCCAAAGGCUGCCCUUUCCACCUGGUGGACACCUGCCAGUGGCCCCAGUGUAAUCCCACCUGCCCAGCUUUGGUGGAUCGGGCCACCCAGCAGGAGCUUACCCUGCUCCAGAUGCUUGUAGCCAUGGGCCUUGACCUCCAGAAGCUGGGCCUGGAUCCCCAGGGAGAUGCAGAUUCCCUGGCAAGCAUGGUCAGCAAUGGUGGCUAAAUGAAAAAGAGAGGAGGGGAAAUUAGCAGAGUUGCUCGAUGGAUGAAUAAAAAUAUGUUGAAAAUUGAGUGUAACCAUAGAAAUUCAAUAGAAAUCUGGUUACUGCAUCUUGUGCUGCUCAGCAUUCCAUUAUGCUCCACAUGUUUGUUACAUUUGCAACUAGGCUGGUGGUAUGUUGCUGCAUCUUGGUUUGUGUUGCUUAGCAGGCCCUCUACAGGACACCAGAGGGGGAAAAAAAACAUUCAACUGAAGGCAUUUCAACUGUAUGGGUCAAUGAGCUUUGAGUCUAAACAGAUGGACAUAACCUGCUACACACUUUCAUCCAAAUCAUUCUAACAUCUGACAUUAGAGUAUGAUAACAGAGUUGUAAUGAAUAAAGAUCUUGUAGAAAAUUAGAAGCACAAACCUUUAGUUUGAGAACAAUUUACUUUGUACCUGACAUUCAUUCAUAGUUUUUGCAAAAUAGCUGAUCUAAAAAAUUGUGAGUGCUCUGACUCUGACUCUGAAACAGCACACAACUGAACGGUUAAUGUAAUCCAGAAAAACACACAUAGAAAACAACAGUAAUACUGGCUAAUUUUAAUCUUUUUGCACACACGGUUCCAAAGACACUGCUGACUUUUUACAGCUUAGUUUUAGACUUUAGUACUUGAUGCUAUGCUAAAUUAUGUAUAUAUAUUACAUUAUAUCUAUAUAUGUAUUUUGUAUGCAUGCAAAAUAAAAGAGUGACUAGUCAGUGAUAUAUUUUUGUAGAGUAAAAAAGUUGAUCACUAUCCUACUAUAUCUGAUUAAAUGAUUCCUAAUAAGAAUAAAUAGUGAAUUAAGUUUAUUGGGGUAAAAAAAAGCUGUGAUAAUUAAUUGCCCAGUUGUUUUAAUCCAUAUCAUAUGGACAAAAUGCAAGCUUUUAGCUUAACUGUUGUCAACACAUGCUUUCCCCGACAAUGUUGGGCUAUUUUUGUGUGGAUUCACAGUUCUGUUUACAAUUAAA